UUCCCACAAUGUUGCGCUCAGAAUCACUACGCCAGUUACUCAUUAUAAGUAGUCUGAUAUUAUGUAGCAUAUCGGAUGGAUUUAUUUUCGGCCAGAUGUCAGGCAUGGUGGACGAUUUACGAGGGAAAGAAAGUCAAAUUACAUUAAACGAUGCUGACGUGUCUUUAAUAGCCUCUAUCAUCAAUGCAACGUGCAUCAUGGGAUUUGGUGUAGUCGCACUGCUAAGUGAAAAAUUCGGACGGAGACAAACUAUUUCAAUCCUUAGCAUACCAGUUCUCGUCAGCUACAUCAUGGUGUAUUUAGGACAAGAUAUGGCAACAAUUGUGACGUCUAGAGUGAUUGUGGGUGUUUGCUACGGAGGUGUGCUGAUAUUGACGUACAUAGCCAUGGCCGAAUAUAUGAAUCCCAAUAAACGUGCCUUUUAUAUCAAUUUAAUAUCAGCUAUAGGACCAUCCGUGGGUACAGUUUUAGGCCAUGUUCUAUGCCUUUUAUUACACUGGAGGACGGUUGCAUUAAUAGGAUUGAUUCCAACAGGGUUGUCCGCCAUAUUGCCUCUGUUUUGGGUCGAGAGUCCUUCUUGGCUAGCGAGUCAAGGCAGAUUCGAGGAAUGUAAAAAGGUCUAUAGAGAAUUAUUUGGAAAAAGUAAUGCAUCUGAAGCACAAUUGGAACUUCUAAUCGAAACUGAAAAAGCGAAACGAAAUGAAAUCACAGGAAACAAACGGAGCUUUGCUAUUAUAGUAGAAAAAAUGAGGACUGCAAUGACUAAAAAAUAUUUCUGGAAAAUAAUGGUAUUAGGUGCUGUUAUAAAUAUUUAUCGUAUAGCAGCCGGGAAAUUGAUGUUCAGUACGCUAGCUAUUACUAUGCUCCAAGAAUUAACUGGAACUUCCAAUAUUCUAGUGUAUACUUUUUACGUAGAUGGCUUUUUCAUUUUAGGUUCUAUAUUUUCACUAUUUUCUUUAAGUGCUAUGAAAAUGAGACCACUGAUAUUUUCAUUAGGUUUUUUAGCAAAUUUUACGUUACUAGUGUUGAGUGCAUGUGUACAUUUCAUACCUUCAGAUAGUACAUAUUAUGUUUGGACAGUUAUAUCUCUUUUGGCUUUUUACUUCAUAACAGUGUUAACGGGACCAUAUGCUGUGUUAGAACCAUAUUUAGCUGAAAUAUUUCCUUUAGAUAUAAAGUUAUAUUGUAUUUUGUUAUCGAGUUUUUUGAUUAGCAUCGCUUCUUUUCUGGCUGUUUUCUUAGCUCCAUUAAUGUUUGCUACAAUCGGAUACGAUGGAGUUUUUCUUUUAAAUGCUUUAAUUGUAUUCCUUUGUCUCGGCUACCUUUGGUUCUUUAUGCCAGAGACCAAAGGUAGGACGCUGCAAGAAAUAGAAUACUACUUUAAGAACAACAAUUUUAAUGAUUUGCAAGAAACGAAUAAUGAACAAGUUACAGGGUUAUUGUAA